CCCACUCUUCAGCCAUGCACAAUGCGGGCAACAGCUAUACAAGACAUACAGUCGGCAGUGCAACUUGCGUCAGCCAAUAAUUAUCUUCUCGUAGCAUCAUUCACGGCCUACAUGUUCGAUCAUGGCAUGAUUCUCAGUCAAGAGAUAGACUACAUGUGGCGCCACCGUUUCUCCGCUGUCCCUGCACUCGUUCUCUUACUACAUGCAGCAACAAUUGCCAACUUUAUUCUUCUAUGCUACGAAGAUCUUGUUGAUCUUGGUUGUCAUGUAGCUUUUCUUGGGACCAUCGCUUCUCAAGUCACCUUGGCCGUUUUUGACGCAACAAUUGCGGCCAUCACCGCCCUGCGAGUCUAUGCUAUCAGCGGCCGAGAUUGUCGGUUAGGAGUUGUUGUCCUAGCAUUGUCGCUGAUUCGGGCAGCCUACGACAUAUUCGGCACUGCCACGAAGACGACCGACCCUCUGCCUGCGCCUCUCGGCUGUGCAGUCGAGAGCACAUCUUCUAUAAACGACUCGUUUUUCAUCGCAUCCGUAGUGUGCAGCUCAGUCGCGGAUGCCAUUGUGUUGCUUGUCACCUGGCGUCGUACCUACCACACAAUACGGAGUAACCGCCAGGAAAAUGGGAGCCCUACCUUGAGUUUCCUUCUGUGGCGAGACGGAACGGUAUACUUCGGGUCUUUGUUCAUCAUCGCAAUUCUUGACAUGGCGAUCUAUACAGCGGUGUCCUUCCAGGGAUUUCAAUACCUGAGGCUCGCAUUCUCAACGAUUAUUCUCUCGCGCUUCUUCCUCAACCUGCGCGAGGCGAGCCAAGCGUUGAUAGGCGAGACCGUUUCGACGUUUGCCCUGUCGGCACACAUAGGCUCCUUGCACUUCUCCCAAGGUAUCGACUCGCUCGGAGGAUCCCUUACCUUCAUCGGCGACAACGCUACCGUGCGACAUGACGCAUGUGAUAACCGGCUCGAUGACGAGGCCAGCAGUGACCGAGUCUCAGGGGUGUAGAACCAUAAUGCGAUCGGCGAGCAGGCAGACAUGUAGAAACCCGCUGGUGACGCUUUACGGCAGCGGAAGCCAUGCAAUGGGCUGUCGACGAGGAUGUUGGACGGACAGUCAAGCAUGUUAAACGGCAACAUGGGGAGGAGCUAUUCCGUGUAGUCUUUAAAUCCGUGUUUUAGCAGUAUACACUAUGUGCAUUGUUAGCGUGGACUGUGGUACAUAGACAUUUCUGCCUGCCUAUGAUAUAGCGAGUCGGUCUCAUAAAGAAGCGGGGGAGCGAGUUGUGAUGAGGUCACAAUAAGAUGGCGGUCUAUUCACUUCCGAUUAGGA